GCUACCCUGCUAGGCAGGCUUGGUAGAGGCGGCCAUACCGUGAUACGGUGUGGAGAAACGAGGAGGCAGAGCAAUCCAUUAUCAGUUUAGAAUCAGGCAACAUAAAACUUCGGGUAUGUCUUUCGCGCGUUUUACUGCAAAAUUCGUCUAGAAUGUGACGCAUCCGCUCUAAAUGAGGCACGCGCAAAGUAGGACUUGAAGCUUUCUUUUUUCGGUGUUCUCCUUUCGUCAUUAUCAUCACUAGUAUCAUUAGUAGCGCGCUGGCAUUUUGUUUUCCAGGCUCUGGCGAGAAGUGACAAUCCAGACCCCUCCUCUGCAGGGCGGAGCGUGCAUUUUGAUGUCGAUUUUUAUAGCGUUUUUUUCUGCUCAGCUUCAGCUCUGACACGUCCUCACUGAGUGAGUGGCAUUGGCACAUUGUCAAUCGCUCACUACCGCUGCCAUCAAACAACAUAAAGCACACACAGCCCAAACGCGCGCCUCAUAAAUUUGAGCACGCUGAUAUUUUUGCGCAUCGCUUCAUGGCGUGUAAUUAAUUUUUUUCUUCCCCUACUCAUCUUAAGAAAAACUUUUUCUACGUUUUAUAUUUUUUACUGUCACGUUUAGGCUAAAAGUGUUGCUUCUAGUGUCGGUUAAUUUAGUUAUUUUAUUGCUCGUUCACAUUUUCGGAAAUUAUUUGGAAAAGCAGUUAUUUUGUGUUUUCUUUCUUCUUUCAAAUAUUGAUCAUCCAUUCAGUUUGCUCUGCUGUUUUUACUCGGAUAUUUUUUGUUUGUUUGUUUCUGUCAGAUUUCAGUGCGGAUUCAAGCAAGUUUUGAAGAAGUGCGAACGGAGAAAUUACAUAAAGAAGAGACAAAAUCAAGCCACCUGCAAGGAGCAACAACAGUUCAGUUUUUUUUAUAUUAUUUUAUUAUUUUUAUUAUUUUUUUAUUUUUUGCGAAGAGAAGAGAAAGUCAGUUUGGUUUGGAAUGAAGACUCGGACAAUAUUCAACGGACGACUGCUGUCCUCUCACUGCUGAGCAAGUCAACAUCUCUACGAGAGGCUGAGAUUUCGCUAACGGACAUUUCUACACGGAUUUUUGUGAGAAAGUGAACAGCAGCAGUCCUCCCUCGCUGGUGGUGGUCGCGGUGCGUGCUGUUCACCUUGUUGCCACGAGCCCGCUUUACAUCCAACGCUUCGGAGAGGAGACCAGCCCCGCAGAUGCUCCUCGUGUAGUCACGCAGCCUUUUUGCAUGCGCUCAUUCCGCGUAUCUCCAGCUUCCUCUGAGACUGAGUAAGAAGCGCAUUGAUCGGGUUGCGGCGGACUAUGGACGAGCAGGCGCGGAUCAUGCAGACUCUCGGCGGGGUGAAUUUGGCUGCGCACGCGGUGCAGGGAGGCAUGGCACUGCCGCCUCCACAUGGACACGACGGGACUGAUGGAGACGGCAGGAAACAAGACAUCGGUGACAUUCUGCAUCAGAUCAUGACCAUAACCGACCAAAGUCUGGACGAGGCGCAAGCAAAGAAACACGGACUGAACUGCCACCGAAUGAAGCCUGCCCUUUUCAGCGUGCUCUGCGAGAUCAAAGAGAAAACAGGUCUGAGUAUUCGCGGGGCACAGGAAGAAGACCCUCCGGACCCACAGCUCAUGCGUCUGGACAACAUGCUGUUGGCAGAGGGGGUCGCCGGGCCGGAGAAAGGUGGAGGAUCGGCGGCGGCGGCAGCAGCGGCAGCAGCCUCAGGAAGCCCCACCGACAAUUCCAUCGAACACUCAGACUAUCGAGCCAAACUCUCCCAGAUCAGACAGAUCUACCACACAGAACUGGAGAAAUACGAACAGGCAUGUAAUGAGUUUACGACCCACGUGAUGAACCUGUUGCGGGAGCAGUCGCGCACACGGCCCAUCUCACCCAAAGAGAUCGAGCGCAUGGUGGGAAUCAUCCACCGCAAGUUUAGCUCUAUUCAGAUGCAGCUCAAACAGAGCACGUGCGAAGCAGUCAUGAUCCUGAGGUCCCGCUUCCUCGACGCCAGACGGAAAAGACGGAACUUCAGCAAGCAAGCCACGGAGAUCCUAAACGAAUACUUCUACUCCCACCUCAGCAACCCCUACCCCAGCGAAGAAGCCAAAGAGGAACUGGCCAAGAAGUGCAGCAUCACAGUAUCCCAGGGGGUGGGAAGCACCAUCACAGUGGCACAGGUAUCCAACUGGUUCGGGAACAAGAGGAUCCGCUACAAGAAGAACAUCGGCAAGUUCCAGGAGGAAGCCAACCUGUACGCCGCCAAGACGGCCGUGAACGCGGCGCACGCGGUGGCCGCCGCCGUGCAGAACAGCCAGACCAACUCGCCCACCACACCCAACUCCGGAUUCCAGAUGAAAGAUGAAGAAUUUCAGCUGGACUCUGCAGAGAACAAAAACUCUCUAUUAACCAACAUGUUUACUGGUUCGUCAGGUUCUUUUAACCUCCCAAACUCGGGGGACAUGUUCAUGAGCAUGCAGAAUCCGAAUGGGGAUUCUUACCAAGGGGCACAAGUCGGAGCCAAUGUGCAAUCACAGGUGGAUACCCUGCGCCAUGUUAUCAGUCAGACGGCAGGAUACAAUGAUCCUCUUGGGGGGAACUCCAUGUACAGUCCACAUGGCUUAAAUGCUAACGGAGGAUGGCAAGACGCUACGACCCCAUCCUCUGUGAUCUCUCCUACAGAAGGCCCUGGUAGUGUGCACUCUGAUACCUCGAACUGAUCUUUUCUUCAUUAGUACAGCUCCUCCUAGACUGUGGGACUACCAGUGACCAAACCACAGACCCACGAACUGACCGAUCAGAGACGCAGGAAGGACAAACCUACUACCAAUAAGCUUGGAACCUUCUCUUCUCUGAACCCUCACUCAUUCUCGUCUCACUGGCCUUCCUCCUCCAGACAAAAAAACAUUCGGAAAAAACACUCUGACGUCUCCGAGGAACCCAAUCGCUCGCCGUCUGGCUCGCGCCAGUUUCAUCAACUCCAAUCAUUUCUGUUUUGCACAUCAUUCAUUAACUGCUUUCUCUUCUUCGGGUGUGUGAUGUCUCGGAUUUUCUCAUUUACACACUUAUAUAGGUCUUUUUUUAGUGAAGAUUUCAUUUCAACUAUUGCAGUCCUGGUCUACUGUAAACAAAGCCACAGAGUACAGGGACAAGGACUGAGAAAUACAUACACUAACCCAUUUAUUUUACAGGGCUAAUACGCUACAAAAGGCAGCUUUGGGAAUUCCAGAAAUGAUAUACAUUUUCUUUCUUUUUAAUUUCUCAUAUAAGAAUAAUAAUAAUAAUAAUAAUAAUAAUAAUAAAUUAAUAAUUUAAGUUGUGGUGGUGGUACUAAAUUAGGUUGACGAUCCAGUUAAUUUGGGGGAUAAAUUUAACUCUGUACACAUGGGUCCCAUAAUGCUAUAAUUUCCAUUGCUCACUGCAUCUCAACGUGUAAAAUGAAAUGACUCAUAUUACGUGAGACAUGUUUUUUUUAAUAUAACGCAAAAUAAGAGUCCUACAGACACACCAGCUCAGCUGUGUUUUAGGACUCUAGUGUUUUGCAUGUAGGGACUCCAUCCACAGACAGGAAAAAAAAAAGACGGUCUUGUAUAUAAUAUAGCUUAAGAGUAUUUAUACAUCUCACAAAUCAAUACACAGCUUUAUUACCUCAUUCAGACUCAUAGAAAAACCAAUAGAUUUCCAACAUUUCUCUAGCUUAGAGUGCUCUCACUGACUACCUCUCAACAAUAUCACCGCCAUCCUUUUAACUUUUCGUUCUUUUCCAUUUUUUACGUAGUUUCAUUUGAUUGCAUCUUGUAAUAAACUUUCUCUCUCUCUCUCUCUCUCUGUCUCUCUCUCUCAUGUAAUCUAAUGUAUAUUUUAAUCUUCUAAGAAAAUUAGUUGCUUUCUUGCAACUUUUAAAAAGUAAAAAAAGAAAAAAAAAGGAAAAAUAACCAUAAUAUGAUUAAUACGAAUAAUACGGAGAGUGAGGGGCUUUUGUGGUGGAUUUUUGGGGGAGGGGUGUUGGGGUAGGAGAAAGUGGGAAAUGGGUCGAAGAAUUAACACCAAACAGUUAAACUGUUGUAAAUAGCAAAGAACAUUUUGAAUGUUGCUCAUCUUGUUACUAAUUCACUUAAAAAAGGGAAAAAAAAUCAUGAUUAAAAAAAAAAUCUGUAAUGCAUAGAGGUUUCAGUAUUCAGAACUGUACAUUUCAGACUCUGUGUGACAGGGCUCCAACUUUCUUUCUCUUUUUUGUAUCGUAUGUGAUUCUGAAACUGAUUAAAAAAAGUCAUGAAAAUUGAUUUGUGGCAGUGAUUCUAAUGUAUUAAAGAUGUUUCGUGUUUCUUUCUAACCAGACUACACCCUGGACUGAGAAGUCUUCCUUGUGGUAGUUAUAUGUAAUUUCAAACAUGAAUAAACUUUUUUCCUUUCAUGAUGGAA